AUUACAUUUGAUCCAUCCAUACCUCCUAAUGUUCUUGAAACGCAGCAAAAGAGAUCAAGAUAUUGAUCACAUCAGACCAUUCCCCCAUCCAUUCCAUCAUCAUCAUCAUCCGUAUCAUCCUCUUACUAUACCACGGCAACAAGCGGAUACACUAUAGUUGUUUAGUCGUCUUCCCAUGUCUUAGAAGUCUAGAUGCGACUCUUCCUUUUGUUAAGGACCCUUGGAACCACUAGACCCGGGACGAAAAUGAUGGCGUUAAUAUACCCAUCCACUUGGAUUACUUCCAUACUAAAAAAGCGCCUCAUCCUGUUUUCGUCAACUCAUCCCGUCCGCGGUACGGUACUGCGUUACCCUCCCUCAAAUAACCCAAGUGGGAAGAAAGAGGGAUUUAUGUAUGCACGUUUCUUCAUUUUUUUUCAAGGUUCAAGGGGUAAAAUAAUGAGAAUUGACAAGACAAGCCUCGGUCUACAUAUACAGACAUAUAUUCGCCAUCGAAUAUGCAUCAGGAAGGCUUCCGGUCUGUCGCCAGCUAUGCAUUUCGAUCCAUUGACAAGCAUUGACAAGCAUUAGCAAGCCUCGUCCUGCUACAGCCCCAGACUUGGGUCUUUCUUUUACUGUAUUCAUAUCAUUAUUGACCCCCAUUCCCUCCCCCUCUCAUGCAACGUCACGCAAGUGCGUACACUAUC